AUGUUGAAGAUCUGGUCUAUGAAGCAGAAGCAGCAGCAAGAUGCGAACGCAGAUGCUGCUGCAGGUAACAAGAGGAAGAAGGUAACAGCUGCGCAACUUCGAGUGCAGAAAGAUCUAUCCGAACUCUCCUUACCUAGCACCAUGAAGACCGAUUUCCCAGACCCCGACGAUACCCUUAACUUCACACUCACUAUUGAACCGGACGAGGGCAUGUACAAAGGUGGCAGAUUUCAUUUCACAUUUGCAAUCAGCCAGGGCUUUCCCCAUGAGGCGCCGAAGGUUAAAUGCACACAGAAGAUUUAUCACCCCAACAUUGACCUGGAGGGGAAUGUCUGCCUGAAUAUUUUGCGAGAGGACUGGAAGCCGGUUCUGAAUCUGCAAUCCGUGGUCGUUGGUCUUCAGUUCCUCUUCCUAGAGCCCAACGCCUCGGACCCCUUGAACAAAGAAGCCGCAGAGGACUUACGGUCCAACAGAGAAGGAUUCAAGCGCAACGUUCGAUCGGCUAUGGGAGGCGGAGCUGUCAAGAACCAGUCCUUCGACAGAGUCUUGAAGGUGUAG